ACUGUUUUCCUUUUAUUUAUGUUUCUGAUCUUCUGAGUUUGACAAGUCUGAAAUUUUGGAACAAAAUUUUAUAUAUUACAGUGAAAAGUAAAGUAGUAAUAAUGUCGAUAACUGGAUCUUGAAUUGCAGAAGAAAAAUUACAGGGUGUUUGGGAACAUGGUGGUGGUUGUUCCGAAGGAGCUUGACGAACUCGAAAAGCCUAUUUCUUUGCAUUCUUCCAAGCCUUUUGAGAUACGAUUUCAAAUUCCCGAUUUGAGAGCUACAAUUAGAGAUUUCUUGAGGAGUAGGGAAGUUGGUGAGUUUCUUAGUGGAGCUUUAGCAGGGGCUAUGACUAAAGCUGUUCUUGCUCCUUUAGAAACUAUCAGGACCAGAAUGGUGGUUGGGGUUGGAUCCAAAAACAUAAUUGGUAGUUUUGUUGAGAUCACUGAUCAGCAAGGUUGGCAAGGACUGUGGGCUGGAAAUGGAAUCAACAUGAUUAGAAUAAUUCCCACCCAAGCCAUUGAGCUUGCAACAUUUGAGUGUGUCAAGCGUGCAAUGACAUCAGCACAGGAAAAAUGGAGUGAGAUUGAAAGCCCACAAUUGCAAAUUGGCUCUUUGAACGUUAACUUUUCUCUUUCCUGGAUUUCUCCAACUGCUGUGGCCGGUGCAGCUGCUGGAAUUGCUAGCACACUUGCAUGUCAUCCUCUUGAAGUUCUCAAGGAUAGGCUGACUGUCAGUCCUGACACAUACCCUAGCUUAAGCAUUGCAAUCAGCAAGAUUUACAAGGAUGGUGGUGUCGGUGCCCUUUAUGCUGGUCUUUCUCCAACUCUAAUGGGCAUGCUUCCAUAUAGUACUUGUUACUAUUUCAUGUAUGACAAAUUAAAGACAUCCUACUGCCAAUCAAAGAAUAAAAAAUCUCUAAAUCGUCCAGAGAUGCUUGUACUUGGAGCUCUUGCAGGUUUUACUGCUAGCACCAUAAGCUUUCCAUUGGAAGUAGCCAGAAAACGGCUAAUGGUGGGAGCUUUACAGGGCAAGUGUCCACCAAACAUGGUAGCAGCACUUGCUGAAGUAAUCCGGGAUGAGGGCUUAACGGGUCUUUACAGAGGGUGGGGUGCUAGCUGUUUAAAAGUAAUGCCCUCCUCUGGUAUCACCUGGAUGUUUUAUGAAGCUUGGAAAGAUGUAUUGCUUGUUGAGAGACGCAUAUUAUGAUGGCUCUAGAAAAGAAAAACUCUUCCGGUAGCUGUUACUAGUUGAAGUUCCUCUCUUUAAAGUGCAAAAGAAUGCUGUGCUAGCAUGGUAGUAGUUUCAGGGUUGUUUAUGGGAGCUCCACAUGAUGGUAUUUAAUAGUAUCAGGAUCCAUAUACAGGUAUGACUAAACCUAUCAAUGUCUAUAUUUAAAAAAAAUUGUUCUUCCCAAUUAUCAAGUGAGCUUCAAUUUUGUUCGGCUUGACAUGUACCAACAGAUUUCUUAUACAUCACAUGAGAUUUUGACCAA